GCAAAGCAGAGCAAAAUCCAUAUGUAGAUUCCCCUUUACAAUCAUCCUGAAACCUCCCUGGUAACUAAUGGCUAGUGACCAGUCUUGACUUUUCCACGCGGUUCGCCCGCUUCACGAAUCACCACCACCACAUCACCGAAGCCGGCAGGGAGAUUCGAAUUUCGGGAUCGAUCCUUACGGAUCCUUACGUGCGUUGGGGGAAAUCUUCCGACGGUUCUCUAAGCUCUUCCACCGCUUCCGGCAGUUGAAGACUCGGAUGGGAUGGGAUGGGAUGGGAUGGGAUACGGUAGGUAGAAAGAUGUGUGUAAGAUGAGUCCAACCAACCAACCUAUGUACCGGCCCCCGUCCGUCUGUUGCUUGUUGGCUCUUGGGUUGUUUCGGCUAUCUGUCUUUCUGUCCAGACUCCAGACUCCAGAAUCCAACCCGUGGGUCGUUACUCUACAACAUAUCAUAUGUAUCAUUCAAGUACAACAGCGAAUUCCGGCUACCCGCAGGCAGCAGGCUGCAGAAACGAAAUCAACGAAAUCUCGAUUCUCAAUUCCUUCCUUCUUUUUUUCUUUCCUUUUCUUUCCUUUUCCCGGGUUCGUUCGGCGAUGAUGCAUGGACAAUGAUGGGACGUAGCACGGUGAUGGGUAGGUAGGUUCGCUGUCCGCUCCCCCCCGUAGAUCACGAAGAAGUUGCUACACACGCUGCCGAUUACCGAAGGGUGAAACAAGGCCUGGCUCGGGCUCAGACGGUGGAGUACCUGUGCAUUAUGUAGGUACACAGAAAGUUACGUAGGGAAACUCUAUUUCGUUGAAAGAGUCGGAAAGAUGUAGAUCGCAGCGUCGUACCUGGCUACCGGUAGUGUUGGUGUUAAUGUUGGUGUUGGCUCUGGCUCCGGCUCCAGCUCCAGCUCGAGUUUUGAAGUGGAGCAAGAGAAGGAGGGCGCAGCCUCGCAGGAGGAGGAUGAGCAUUGAGGAGAAAGUCUCCCGCGGUGCCCGCUUGGACCACGGUACCGUAUGUAGUGAUGCCAGCACUCUGCACA